GUUAGUCAGAAUGCCUGUCGAGGCAGAGCGGCACAGGGCGUACUGACGUGACCCACCGGACAACCUGUUCACCUACUUUCCUCAAGUUUCACAACAAUUCUCUUCUGAACUGCGGAAUUUGAUCGCCGGCACCAUUGUCAGCAGGCAGUUUCGCUUUUCCGGGCGAUGUCUGGAUCCUACUGCAAAACUUUGUAUCCGUUCAAUGGACAGCAGCACCAGCAAGGACUGAGUUUUGAUGCCGGGGAGAUGAUCAAAGUGGUGCAGCCCCUGCCUGGAGGCUGGUGGGAAGGGGAGAAAGACGGAGCCCGUGGAUGGUUUCCUUCGAGUUACGUCCAGGUGUUGGAGCGAACAGCUUCACUAAGUCAGCUUCCAAUGGAGGACCUAAGAGACCCUCUUCCGCCUCAGUGGAAAUGCUACAUGUCUCCACAGGGGCGGCAAUACUACGUCAACACCACAACCAAUGAGACAACAUGGGAGAGACCCUCCAGCGCUCCUGGGACUCCAAAAUCCUCCCAGCGUCACAAGAACUUUCCUCCUACAGUGAACGGCUUCCAUUUUAGUGGGAGUCCCUCGCACCAUCCGGAGCCUCCACACAACAGUAUAGGCCGGAAAAACAGUACUGAUCCACAGAGCCCAGGACCAUCAACGCCCACCAGGAAACAGAACAAGGAGACCACAGUAACGAUUAAUUGUGUGACAUUUCCUUCGCCGGCCUCCAUGUCGGAACAACAGCUGCUUAAACCAAACGAAUGGAGUUACUGUGACUACUUCUGGACUGAUAAGAAGGACCCCCAGGCCAACAACUACAUUACCGGGUUUGAAGUCUUAUUGCAGAAACAGCUGAAAGGAAAACAAAUGCAGAAAGAAAUGGCGGAAUUUGUCCGCGAGAGGAUAAAAAUAGAGGAGGAAUACUCCAAGAAUCUGUCCAAGCUUUCCCAGAUCCCUCUAGGAAGUCAGGAGGAAGGGACGCUGGGGGAGGCUUGGGCCCAGUUGAAGAAGAGUCUGGCUGAUGAAGCGGAGGUUCACCUGAAGUUCUCCUCGAAACUCCAGAGUGAAGUGGAGAAACCGUUGCUGAGCUUCAGGGAGAACUUUAAAAAGGACAUGAAGCGGUUCGACCACCAUAUCGCAGACUUACGCAAGCAGCUCGUCGGUCGCUAUGCUUCGGUGGAAAAGGCUCGUAAAGCUUUGGCCGACAGACAGAAGGAGUUGGAGUUGAAAACUCAGCAGCUGGAGAGCAAACUCAACACUAAAGCUGAAGAAGACAUCAAGAAAGCCCGAAGGAAAUCCACUCAAGCAGGAGAUGAGCUAAUGCGCUGUGUGGACUUAUACAACCAGUCACAGUCCAAAUGGUUUGAGGAGAUGGUUACCACCAGUCUGGAGUUGGAGCGGUUGGAGUUGGAGCGAGUGGAAAUGAUCCGGCAGCACUUGUGUCAGUACACCACAUUACGACACGAGACGGACAUGUUCAACCAAAGUACGAUGGAGCCGGUUGACCAGCUGCUACAGUGCGUGGACCCCACCAAAGACAGAGAGCGGUGGGUGCAAGAAAAUAAGACUGGAGAAAUCAGGCCGGUGGACAUAGAGAUAUAAUAUCUGCAGGACAGGGGCUCGACUUUGCAGUUCCACAUUCCUGCCGGAUGACGGUGCUUUAGAUCGCUCGUGCGUCCAUGAUGGUUUUAUGACUUUUAACAAAAGAUGGGAGUGAUAACCUCCCGUCAAGAACCUGCUGAGGAUGAUGACGUCAAUUUCGGGGUCAAAAUAAGCCAACUUUUCUUCUUUUUAUGCAAGCACAUGCACGCUUCAAUGACGCAGGACUUCACAAGGAGUAAGAAACGCCGUGGAUGAACAGUGUACAUAUGUCAAGAUGCCCUUUGCCAUGCUGCAGUGUAAUGCUUCAUGUGCUUUUCGCCUCUUGUGAUGAUUCAGAAGUUGCUGGCAAAAACUGAUGUAACAGAUGCUACUGAGCAAAUGCAUUCUGACCACAAGGUAUGAGUGUUGUAUCACGAUUACAGCUCGCGUAAUACAUUUUAUGUCACGAGCAAUUACUGACCUUGUCACUACUGCUACACCUACGUGUAUUUCAUGUAGAUAUGUGAUGAUGGAUCAACUGUUAACCAUAAAAUAGUUACAAUAUAUUUAAUCUGGUGUGCUUUGGAUUGUUGUCAUUUGGACAGCCAUCACAUUCAGUACUAGCGGAUUUAAAAUAAAUAUCCAGCAGACUUGUUUUACAGAGGUACAGUAUUGUACAAUGCAAAAUGAAGAGUAAUUGAUGUUGAAAUUGAGAAGACUGUGCAAUUAUAACCAGAUUAUGACCAUUUUAUAAGAAGGUUACUGCUUAUUUCAGUGCCAUUUACACAAAAGGAUGAGGCCAAAUGAUAACAGUACAAAUAGCUACCUAGCCUACUAUAGAGUUGAUUUAUGAGGUUGAAAAAAAAAACUUUUUGGCCUUUUAUGUGGCCAGUGGUGUAUGUCACCAAACUUUCUAAUAAUUAAAGCAGAUGGAAAAUCAAAUUGAUAUGUUUUUAUAAGUCUCAGAAUUUGCAAUUUGGGAAAUCAAAGAUACAGUGGUAUUAAAUAGUCUCUGAACCUUUUGGAAUUUCUCACAUUUCUGCAUAAAAUCACCAUCAAAUGUGAUCUGAUCUUUGUCAAAAUCACACAGAGGAAAAUAUGGUGUCUGCUUUAACUAAAACCACCCACACAUUUACAGGUUUUCAUAUUUUAAUGAGGAUUGCAUGCAAACAAUGACAAAAGGGGGGAAAAUAAGUAAGUGAACCCUCUGCAUAAGGAGACUUAAAGAGCAAUUGAAACCAAUUUUUUACCAAACAUUUAAGUCAGGUGUGUGCCCAAUCACUGAUGAGUGGUUUGGAAAUGUCUUGAUAAGAAGCACUGUCUGAUGUGCAUCAUGGCUCGGUCAAACGAAAGGAUUCUUGAUUUGUAUAAAGCUGGGAAAGGAUACAAAACCAUCUUUAAAAGUUUGGAUGUUCAUCAAUCGACAGUCAGAGAAGUUUUCUACAAAUUGAGAGAGUUUGGCACUGUUGCUAUUCUCCCAAGGAGUGGCCGUCCAGCAAAGAUGAUGUCAAGAGUUCAGCGCAGAAUACUCAGAGAGGUAAAAAAAGAACUCUAGAGUGUCUGCUAAAGACUUACAGAAAUCACUGGCACAGUCCAAUAUUUCUAUGCACACAUCAACUAUAUGUAAAACUAUGGCCAAGAAUGGUGUUCAUGGGAGGACUCCACGGAGGAGGUCACCGCUGUCUACAAAAAAAAAAAAAAAAAAAAAACUUUUGCUCGUUUAAUUUUCGCAAAAAGGCACUUGGACACUCCACAGACGUUUUGGCAAAAUAUUUUGUGGACUGAUGAAACCAAAGUUAAAUUGUCUGGGAGUAACACACAACGUCAUGUGUGGAGGAAAAAUGAAACAGCUCACAAACAUCAACACCUCAUUCCCACCGUUAAGCAUGGUGGAUGGAGCAUCAUGAUUUGGGGCUGUUUUGCUACCUCAGGGCCUGGACAACUUGCAAUCAUUAAUCUAAGAAUGAAUUCAAAAGUUUAUCAGGAAAACCAGAGGCUGUCUGUCAGACAGUUGAAAUCAAAUCAAAAUCACACAGAUGAAAAUACAGUGUCUCCUUUAACUAAAAGCACCCAAACAUUUCUAGGUUUCCAUAUAUUAAUGAGGAUAGCAUGCAAACAAUGACAAAAGGGGAAAAAUAAGUAAGUGAACCCUCUGCCUAAGGAGACUUAAAUAGCAAUGAAAACCAAUUUUUACCAAAUAAUUUAAGUCAGGUGUGUGCCCAAUCACUGAUGAGUGGUUUAAAGCUGCCCUGCCCACUAUAAAACACACCUGGUAAGCAUUGUCUUGAUGAGAAGCAUUCGCUGAUGUGCAUCAUGGCUCGGUCAAAAGAGCUGUCUGAAGACCUGCGAUCAAGGAUUGUUGAUUUGUAUAAAACUGGGAAAGGAUACAAAACCAUCUCUAAAAGUCUGGAUGUUCAUCAAGUUGUCUACAAAUGGAGAGAGUUUGGCACUGUUGCUUCUCUCCCUAGGAGUUGCCGUCCCCCAAAGAAGAUGCCAAGAGUUCAGCACAGAAUACACAGAGAGGUAAAAAAAGAACCCUAGAGUGUCUGCUAAAGACUUACCGAAAUCACUGGCACUGUCCAAUAUCUCUGUGCAUACAUCAACUAUAUGUAAAACUAUGGCCAAGAAUGGUGUUCAUGGGAGAACUCAAAAUAUUAAAUGAGUUAGUCAAACUGUCCAAGAAACAAAUUUCUAAAGGAUUUACUGUAAUUUUCUGACUAUAGGCUGCUACUGUUUUCCCUC